AUGUCGCUCGUCCGCCACGCAGAAAGUGCCCAAGCGUUGGAACAACUGCUCACAUCCAAGGCAUCUGGUCUGGUUGUCAUCGACUUUCAUGCCGUCUGGUGCGCGCCUUGCCACGCAAUCAGCCCUGUGGUAGACGCUUUCUCGAAAUCGUACCCUCAGGUCACAUUUGUCAAAGUAGACACGGAUAAACUUCAGGAUGUUGCGCAGAAAUAUACAAUUAAAGCUAUGCCUACGUUUCUGUUCAUCAAGAAUAAAGCGGUCGUCGAAACGAUUCGGGGAGCAGACCAGGAGGGACUUCGUGCUGCCCUCGUCAAGCACGCGCCUACUGGGCAAGCCUCUACUUCUGGCUCUUCCGACUCUGACAUCUCACUCUUGGAGUUUAUCGACCGUUCACAAGUAAACUGCCUCAACGAAUCAAGUAGUCAUACCCUCAAAUCUAUCCUUACUGGGCACUCCAGGAACACCUCUGCAGCUUACUUGGAGAGCGAUACAGACGAGCAACUGCUGCUGAACAUCCCUUUCAACCAAGCCGUCCGUAUCAAAGGAAUAUCUAUAAAGACAGAGGAGAGUUCUCAUGCACCAAAGCUCAUCAAACUCGUUGUGAAUAAUCCCAACCUUGGCUUUGAGAACGUGCAAGACGCGGUCGAACCUCAAGUGGCCCAGGUGAUCGAGCUAGACGAAGCUGCAACGUCUGAAGGAAAGAUGAUCCCUUGA